GAAGCGUCGUUGCAAUGGCCACAAACAUACCAUUUUACGGCAACUCUAAAAAUACCGUCAGCAAACGUGAUAGAACCUUAUGAGGUCUGGUCUAAUGGCGUGGAAGGACAUCACAGAUUUGACUUCUAUAAAGGAAUGUCAAAAAUGUACCAAAAACGACACGGAAAAGUGAACAAUGUAGUCCAAUUCCAAUACUAUUGGGUAAACCCCGAUGUCAAUCAAAACGAUGUAGUUUGUCGCCAACUAACAGUGAAUUCUAGCGAAGUGAAGCGGCUUUACCACUAUUUGCCGCUUAUGUACAACUUUAAGGAAACAGGUCCUGAUGUCAAUCAUACAACAAAAUGGGAGUAUCAGUUUACACAACAGCAAUAUGGCGCAGUUUUUAAAUACUCUCUCUGGACGAUGGGAAAUGCUAAUGAAUGGAUACCUGUGAGAUAUGAAUACAGGAUGUUUUAUAAAGGCGUCGAAUGCGAUUUUAUUCAGCAUGUUUAUGAAUACUUCAACCGUUCUAAACCAGACGCCGAUGUGUAUAAAAUCCCACAUGAUCUUCGAUGCAAUUCUCCUUCUGCAAGAAAGACUGAAAGCGAUUUUGAACACCAUUUAGAUCUCGAAAGCCCUAUCUUGCAACAAAACAUGACGGAAUUAUUUGAAAGAUUCAAGUUGGCACAUAAUAAACAAUACAAAAAUACCGAAGAACACUUCAUGAGGUUAUCUGUGUUCCUGAAAAAUGUCAGAUACAUACAGUCUGUCAACAGUCCACAAGGAUCUUACAAACUGGCAGUCAACCAAUUUGCAGACUUGACAGAAGAUGAGUUGGCAUUGUUAUCCGGUACUAAACUCAAACCGGAAACAGUUAAUUUGACGCACAGUUUUUUAGACAAUGACGAUACUAAAGACAGUAAGGACUUCGAUUGGAGAUCGUAUGAUGCAGUGACGCCAGUUAAAGAUCAGACAUUUUUAUGCGGCAGUUGCUACGCGUUCACAGUGGCUGCAGCCAUCGAGUCUGCGGCAUACAUCAGUAACGGCUGUGACAACAUGGUAGAAGCGAGCGAACAAGCAAUCAUAGACUGUUCGACGGGCAAGAAUGGAAAUGGCAACCAGGGAUGUAAUGGUGGAGUUUUAAGUGCUAGCCUACGAUGGGUCAAAAAGAAUGGCAUUCCCUUCAGAAAAGAUUAUGGGCCGUAUUUGGCAAUGGUGGGGUAUUGUCACUUGAAACAAACACGAUUAAUGCAUAUACAUAGUUACACAAGAUUGCCGAACGAAAUCAAGGCUAUAAAGGCCGCCCUUCGCCAGCACGGUCCUCUGGCGACCGUAAUGCAUGUACCGGGGUCGUUGUAUUACUAUCGCUCUGGAGUGUACGAUGAUAAGACCUGUCUAUCAGUUCCGGGAAGUCAAACUCAUGCCGUACUCAUAGUAGGUUACGGGAAAGAAAACGGUAAAAGGUACUGGCUGGUCAAAAACUCGUGGGGCGCUCGGUGGGGCGACGAAGGUUACUUCAAAAUAGACAUGGAGAAAAACUUGUGUGGAAUAACGAAUCUAGUAUACGCUGUUGUUGAUCCAAAGUCGCUUAGAAAACAAUGUAAGAGGGUUAGCUUUGGAGAGCAAGAAUAAAACGAAAAGU